AUGGCGGCCGACUACACUACCGAGACGAUCCACGCUGAUCGCGUCAAUGGCGGAGAAAUCGAAGUAGACGUAGACGGGGAAAAGAAUCGCCUCGAUAUCCAGCAACUCCGCAACCGCAUCCCGGCUCACUGCUUCCAACCCUCAACGAUCCGGUCCCUUGUUUUCGUGUUCAACGAUGCUGUCAUAUUCGUGGCUCUACUGGCAACGGCACUUUCCCUGGAGAACCGCGUCGACAGAAUCACGGGUCUUCUCAUCCGCUAUGUGGUCUACCCCUUUCUGGCUGGCUUGCCACUGACCGGUCUUUGGGUUUUGGCUCACGAGUGUGGCCACGGAGCUUUCUCUCGGAACAAGACCAUCGCCAGCUCGGUCGGAUUCGUCUUGCAUUCCGCUCUAAUGAGCCCCUAUUUCGCAUGGCAGUCUAGUCACGCCCGGCAUCACCAGUAUGCGAACCACAUGACCAAGGAUCUCAACUACGUCCCGCCGCUCCGGCAGGAGUACAGCGAGCUUUUCCGGUCCAAAAUCCAUCUUGACGAUAUGAUCGAAGAUGCCCCCGUCGUUGUGCUGCUGCGGAUUGUGAUUCAGCAGGUCAUUGGGUGGCCUUGGUAUCUCUUGACACAUAUCACUGCUGCCCCAGAGAGUUCACCCAAGAAGAGUCGGGGAUGGUGGGACAACAACCACUUCGACCCCAUGUCUUCGCUGUUUCGCCCCAACGAGUUCUGGAACAUAGUCGCUUCGGAUGUUGGCCUUGUGUCAGUGGGAAUUUUGCUCUACUUCCUUGGGCAGCUGUAUGGUUCUUCCAAGCUUGCAUGGACAUAUGUCAUGCCCACAGUAAUGAUAACAUAUCUGCAUCACACGUCGCCCAAACUCCCCAAGUAUUCCCCCGGAUCAUGGACGUAUCUUCGCGGCGCCCUCGCCACCGUUGACCGAGACCCUGGCUUCCUCUUGAGACACUCGUUCCACCACAUUAUCGAUCUGCACGUUACUCAUCACCUGUUUCCAAGAAUCCCCCAUUACCACGCCCAAGAGGCUACAGAGGCGAUACGCCCUCUCCUCGGGGACCACUACCACGUCGACAAGGGCUCGUACUGGCGUGCCUUGUGGGUCGCAUUCACGCAGUGUCAGUGGGUGGAACCCGAUCCCACGAGGACGGCCCAGGCGCGAGUUUUCAAAGAUUCCGACGACGACAAGGGGGUUCUCUGGUACAGACCUGGACCCAUGCCAAAGCCGGCUACGAUGAUGCGUUCUUGAGGGGGCGGUACAUAUACGGUUCAUCGGUGCCUGGAUGGUCAUCUGGAGAUGGUCGGCGGCCAGAGUGGCUCAAGGACUUGGAAGCAACUCUUUUAAGUGAGCGAAGUGUUGCAAGCAACGUGGCGGCUACCAUCUGGAUGCGAAUACUCGUUGCUCAGUGUUGGGAGCCGGGGGUUUCCAUUGGUACUAAGACAAGGGAUGCUUUGGGGAG